AGUUUGAUAGUUGACCUUCUACCACAUCGCAGACGGAGCCUUCGACGUUCUGCGGCCGCAACCAAAGCUAUUCGACUCUCCUUGUUAUUAUAUGCCCACAAGGUUUAUAGACACAUCCCGAAAAGACAAAUUGAUAUCCAAACCAACUCUAACCUGCUCUUAUCAAGAAUCACACCAUGGAGUCGUUCAAAGCACCAGUCUUCUCGACCUCCCCGCCGAGUCUCUUACUCACAUCACUUCCUUCCUUUCUCCUCCGUCGCUCCUUGCACUCUCCAGGACAAACCGACGUCUCAAUGAACACAUAAAUGAUGACAAUACUUGGUAUCGGGCUUUCAUCAAUCAAUUUGUUGGGAUUGGUCCUGAGAAUGAUCUCGAGAAUGAGAGGAUUCUCUUACUGAGGAAGUCAGAACGCACUUGGCGCAGGGAGUUUAUCAUGAGACAUUACUUGAGGAGGCGCUGGGAACGUUCGCGCAAUGGGACGAUUACUCAUUCCCCUCAAGACACUACCAUCGACAGCGUCCAUCUGAUGUCCGAGUCUGGUCUCCUCACAUCUUCGAUUCAAUACGGAGUAGUGGCUCGCUCACUUCCGCUCAGCGGCAAAGUUCUCAAGGGGUACCUCGAUGCUGCCGGAACAGGAUUGGGUAUAGGAAAUCCCAAUGUUGAAUUCACACCCAACGUCUCUGCCUGCAGUCUCACUUCUGAUGGUGGCACAGCCAGGGCUUUCUGGGGGAAGCGCAAUGGGGAAGUGGCGGUGACUACGGCUUCUCGGGUCAUGGAUCCGGGGCGUGCCUCAUCAAAGCUCGUUAGAUGCAAAGUCGAGGAUCACCACGACGGCAUUGUGAACGAGAUCGCGUUGGAUCCUGUUGUUAGCCGAUUUGUAUCCGGAGGUGCCGACGGGCAAGUCAAGUUGUGGGAUACCAAGACGGUUGUAUGCUUGUGGUCUAGCGACAAGCAGCUUCAAUCGCUUGUAGCGGACCCGUUCCUUAAGGUGUCUUCUGAUCUUGCAGAUGGCAUGAUCGUUGGUGCUUUGAAUAGUGGAGACAUUCUCUUGUGGACAUCACCCGGACAAGUCCAUUCAGACGACUUUUCCAGCCCAGCGUCGUUUGUCCAACAUCGCAUCAUGUGGCCUAUCUCCAAAGAGCAAUCAUCUCCCCAGGACGCAGUCAUAUCCAAACCCCAGCCAACUGUGCUGUGUGUCCGUCGUCAUUCACAGGCAACGGCAGCACUACUCAUUGGGUACUCCGAUCACCCGUUCUUCUAUCGAGUCAUAGUUGACCUUACAUUUGGCAAAUACGAAACUACCGCAUUUGGUGAUGCUUCAUUCGGAUGCAACUCCAUCGUCGAACCUGUCUUUGCAGCUCAGUCAGAGGAUUGCAGUGUUAUCAUCACUGGUGAUCUGCUGGGUUUUGUUGGCAUUUACGAUUGGGAUACCCCCAAAACAUCUUCUUCCGUCGUACCUGCCCGCAGAUUCGAGGCUCACGAAGAUGGUGCCGUGACUGCGCUUGCUUGUAGCUCGAUUGUGCUUGUCACCGGCUCUGCACGCGGGACAGCGACGGUAUGGGACGCGCUCACCCUGGAGCCUCUUAGGCUCUUUUCGUCCCCUCUUCCUCGUACUGUACCUGGCCGCGAAGUUGGAGGUGUCAGCAAGAUUGUGAUUAAAAAGGAGCUUUUGGUUAUCAUCGCUAACAACAGGGUGAUGUCGUGGAAGGUGGGACAAGUGCAUAGCGGCGAUGCUCCACACAAGAUCAAAUAUGCUCGCGCGAAGAAGAACCCAAUUUCUAAGGGACAGCAGCGAUACGAUCUGCACAAGGAUAUUAAUGAAUCCAAACGUGAUCUGGAACACGAGAACGCUUAUAUGCGGCACACCAUGGGGCGAGAACGCGAGCACCAUUCCACUCUAAACGUGCUCGGACUGUCGGAGUUAGAGGCCAUAGAAUAUGUUUUGAUGCUCUCCCGCGAGGAAGAAGAGCACCGCAAACUUUCCCAUACCAUCGAUGAAGGUAUCUUCGAGGGGGACUUCGAAGACGAAACGUUCUUGCCAGUCACUUCACGUUCUUCAGUAACGCAUGGUUCCGCGUUACCUGCCUUAAAUUACUCUUCUUCCAGUUCUCUUGACGACCAUCAUUCCCGCGCCUUUCCACGCGCCGCCCGCCCCGUGACGAAUGAGAAAGUACAGGUGUCUCCUGUCUUUGUGCCAGAACCUAUGGAAGCCGGCGUUACUAUCAGUCCACUCAGGAUACCUACGUCGCUGCCAAGUUCUUCGACGAGUACAGGGCUUUUGCCUGAAGUGGCUCGCGGCACGCCGUCCUCUUUCGAACACUUUCCCUCGAUCAGCUCCAGCAUUUCCUCGUCGACCAGCAGCCUAGAGCACAAUCGUUCUGCGUGGAGCACGCCCUUACGCUCGCCGCCUUCAUCCCAUGGAUCCUCAUCCCCGCAUGUUGACACACCUAUCUUGCGCACAUGUAGUGCCUCGCUUUCUUCUGCAAGCAUGGACGUUCGAUCCGAGGAAGAGCUCCGGGGGGCGCUGGAUUUAGAUGAAAUGGACGAUGAUAUGAAGUUUGCGAUUGAGUUGAGUCUCGCAGAAGCGCGUAGUCGAGGCGAGGUUUGAAAGUGCGAGUUACCGGACUGUUAUUGAUAAACGAGGGAUUGAAUAGAAUACCGGAAUAAAUUUCCUUACUUCAUUGAAAUUAUACUUAUGUCUUGGAUGUAGUUGUGGCAUGUCAAUUGAGAUUCGGUUUACCAUGCAUUCUGCCCCG